UAAUCCAGCAUCUCCGCGUUCAUGUGCUUAUCCCAAGUCGAACACGCACUGUGUUCGACUUCCUUCCUUCCUUUUUGCCAACCGGCAGCCAGAUUUGACAGUAUACAACCCUGAAUUGUUUGCACGCCAGUAGAACUUGUCUGGACCUUCAGGAGGCUAAGUGGAAUCUGUUGGCUUUGUUUGCACUAUCAAAAUUCAAAAUCCAUUCAAGCUCUUAGCUCUGUCACUUUUCUCAACUCAAAUGGAGUCAGUAAUUCAAUUGCACAGUCACAACCUCCUCAAACUCCUCCUCUUCCUCACCAUCCUCCACCAUCUACAACACUCAACCACCUCUCUCGAUCUCCUUCCCAAAGAAGCACUGCCGACCAAUUCUGGAUACCUCGAAGUCAACUCAACAACUGGUUCAGCCCUUUUCUACACAUAUUACGAGGCACAAGAGCCGGCCACACCCCUCUGUCAAACCCCACUUCUCAUCUGGCUCCAAGGUGGGCCUGGAUGCUCCUCCAUGCUUGGAAACUUCUAUGAACUAGGCCCCUGGCUGGUUUCGUCUAAUGUUUCAGUUAAGCCUAAUCCAGGGGCCUGGAACAGGAUAUUUGGUCUCCUUUUUAUUGAUAAUCCAAUUGGAACUGGAUUCAGCAUUACCGCUUCGCCUCAAGAAAUCCCAAGAAAUCAGCAUGAUGUCGCGAAACAUCUUUUCAUUGCAAUCAAGAAGUUUAUUAAGCUAGAUGAUUUGUUUAAAACGAGGCCAAUUUAUGUUGCUGGGGAAAGUUAUGCUGGAAAAUACGUUCCAGCACUUGGCCACUACAUAUUGACAAAGAAUGCUAUGUUGCCAGUUUCUAAUAGGGUCAAUUUAGCCGGUGUAGCUAUAGGGAAUGGGAUAACUGAUCCUGCAACACAAACGACCACACAUGCUUUGAAUGCUUACUAUUCUGGAUUCAUUAAUGAUAAGCAGAAGGAAGUCUUGGAGAAUCUUCAAAAGGAGGCUGUUGAAUUGGUACGAAUUGGGAACUGGACUGGUGCUGCUGAUGCGAGGCAUAUAGUGUUCAAAACAUUGCUAGACAUGACUGGCUUGUCAACUAUGUAUGAUUUUAGAAGGUUAGUUCCAUAUCAAGAUUAUUUAGUGGCUGAGUUUUUAACAAAUUCAGAGGUAAAAAAGGCGUUAGGGGCUAAGGAAGAUAUUGUGUUCAAAGAUUGUAGCGCAGUUGUGGCAGAGGCACUGAAUGAAGAUCACAUGAAGAGUGUGAGGUAUAUGGUUGACUACUUAGUUCAGGAAACUAAGGUUUUACUGUACCAGGGCCAGUGUGAUAUGCUGGAUAAUGUGGUGUCGAAUGAGGCUUGGGUGAAGAAACUGAAGUGGGAAAAAAUAAGAGAGUUCUUGGAGGCAGAAAAGAAAGUUUGGAGAGUGAAUGAGACUUUAGCAGGUUCUGUGCAGAAGUAUGAGAAUUUGAGUCAUGUUGUGGUGUUGAAUGCUGGACACCUUGUGCCUGCUGAUCAGCCUUUGAAUUCUCAAGCAAUGAUAGAAGACUGGGUUUUGGACAGGGGAUUGUUUGCCAAUUAGCAAACAAAAUGCAAACCAAAUAUCACUUUGUUGUGUCAUAUUUUAUUUACUUUGUUGUGUGCUGCAAUAUCUGUCCUAGUAAUUCAGCUCCAGUAUUUACACUUGAAGCCAAGAACUUUGUCAUCUCGGCUGAUGAAUUAGCAGUUUCAGUAGCCAUCACAAAUUAGUUAUUACUAUCUUUGUUCUUAGGCACAGCCUAAUGAACCGAUACUCAUUAAGUUACUAAUGAGUUCAAAUGAAUAUAUGCUGCUUUUUGGAAACAACCAAUGGCAAUAGGCGCCAGUUCAACUCUGUUCAACUGUUUGCAGUAGAAUCUUGCUGAGCUUGGAGCUUUCAACUCCUUCAAAAAUAUGCAAUUGCUUUUCUUGAA